UUCAGGUUGGUCGUCGUGGGUUCAGCGGCUGAGGGAAGUGUAACUGCCCUGGCUUUACAGCACAACUUUACCUCGUAUCCUUACCUCGGUCUUCGGGUGUGGAAUUGCAUGUCUUUUAUAGCCACCGAGUAUGACUGAGAGCGCUGCGAAUAAGGAGGCCGACGGCGAUACAUGUCACCGCGUGAAACCGGGAAGAAACGGCACCGUGAGGAACCGCCAGUACCGGCAGCCGAAGUCCUGCUGUCUCGACGAAGCGAAGGUUCACCAGAAGACGUGCAAUGGCGGGCUGUAUGGCAGGCCUUUCAUUGAAUCCUUUGAAGAGACUCCCAUGCUGUUGGCCGUGCUUACGUACAUGGGAUAUGGCAUUCUUACUGUCUUUGGAUACCUGAGAGACUUCCUCAGGGAGUGGAAAAUUGAAAAGUGCCACAUUGCCAGAGAAAGGGAGGAACAAAGGGAUUUUGUCCCACUGUAUCAAGACUUUGAGAAUUUCUACACCCGCAAUUUAUACAUGCGCAUUCGCGACGGCUGGAACCGGCCCAUAUGCAGUGUUCCCGGGGCCAAGAUGGACCUGGUAGAGAGGGUUUCCCAUGACUACAACUGGACCUUUAGCUACACAGGCCGUGCGGUGAAGGACGUGGUCAACAUGGGCUCGUAUAACUACCUGGGCUUCGCCGAGAAUGCGGGCCCGUGCACCAACGCGGCGGCGGCGGUCACUCUGAAAUGCGGGGUUGGAGUCUGCAGCACCAGGCAGGAGAUGGGCAACCUGGACAGGCAUGAAGAACUGGAGAAGCUUACUGCCCGGUUUCUAGGCGUGGAAGCAGCCAUGGCUUUUGGGAUGGGGUUUGCUACCAAUUCCAUGAACAUCCCAGCGCUCACUGGGAAGGGCUGUCUGAUUCUGAGUGAUGAGCUGAACCAUGCCUCUCUGGUUCUGGGGGCCCGGUUAUCUGGCUCCACCAUCCGGGUCUUCAAGCACAACAACAUGCAGAGUCUGGAGAAGCUGCUUAGAGACGCCAUCGUACACGGACAGCCCCGGACACACCGGCCUUGGAAGAAGAUCCUCAUACUGGUGGAAGGGAUCUACAGCAUGGAGGGCUCCAUCGUGCGCCUACCGGAGAUCCUCGCUCUGAAGAAGAAGUACAAGGCCUACCUGUACCUGGACGAGGCGCACAGCAUCGGGGCCCUGGGAGCCAACGGCCGUGGCGUGCUCGACUACUUUGGCCUGGAUCCCAGCGACGUGGACAUCAUGAUGGGCACGUUCACCAAGAGCUUUGGAGCAGCUGGUGGUUAUAUUGGAGGCAGGAAGGAGCUGAUAGACUACCUGCGCUGUCAUUCUCACAGUGCGGUGUACGCCACCUCCAUGUCUGCUCCGGUUGUGGAGCAAAUAAUCACUUCUAUGAAGUGCAUUAUGGGAGAGGACGGAACCACGAUCGGCAGAGAGCGAAUCCGUCAGCUGGCAGAAAACACAACCUAUUUCCGCACGAGGCUGCAGGAGUUGGGCUUCAUCAUCUACGGCAACAAGGAUUCGCCCGUCAUCCCCAUGAUGCUCUACCUGCCGGCUAAGAUCGGGGCAUUUGUUCGGGAGAUGUUGAAGAGGAACAUAGGUGUGGUGGUAGUCGGCUUCCCUGCCACUCCCAUCAUAGAGUCCAGAGCUCGCUUCUGUAUAUCUGCAGCCCACACCAAAGAGACACUGGACAUGGCCCUGGCUGCCAUCAGUGAAGUGGGGGACGUGCUUCGGGUGAAGUACUCCCAACCCAGGGUCCCCGACGCCCGUCGCCGACCCUUUGACGAGACCACAUACGACGGCUGGGAAGACUGAUGGUGACCCAGUGCCAGCCAAAUGGCCACUAUUCAUCUUAAGCGCUCAGAUUCAGUCAACCACCCAAUGAAUGCUUUCCUUAUUUUUUUAUGUUCGUUGCUUUUUUAAGCAGUUUCUCAUCACACUAAUGCCAUUUCUUAUCUAGCAUUCUGAUGUGACAUCUGCCCUCAAUUCAUCAUAACAUUUUUUUUUUUCUGGAGGAAAGAAAUUCCUUGCUGCCAACCACAACAGUCUUUGGGCUGCUUAUGUGCUUGCUAAAGCCAUGUUGAACUGUGACCCUCAAAUAUGUUGAGGGGGGAACAGAUUUUUGUUUUUGUUUGUUUGUUUUGUUUGUUUCCCUGCUGGCAGAAAGCAUCUUUUUUGAAUAAGUGGCACCAGAGUGGUGGGGAACAGAUUAUUAGUCCUGGAGAUGCUGGCCUGAGAAAAGCACCUCCUGUUUGUCCCGAUUGCUUUGUGAUCCAUUUCCUCUGUUAAGUGAGUUGCAGACCAAAGUCUCAGCAGCUUGGCAUUCUACUUGUUCACACCUCCCCAGUCUUGCGAUUCGCGCCGAGAGCCGAAGUCUUUCUUACACUUAUUUUUCUCGCAUCUAUUUCUUCUUUCGCCAAGACCCCAGCCACGACAGGCCGAACCUGUUUGUGGCUGCGCACAUCCGGCACAUUUUUAUCUUGUUGACAAAUUUGCGCGCAGCAACAUACCAUAACAUCUAUCAAGUUCCACUCCAGGAAACUGUUUCCAGAAACUUGCAAAUCUGUAAGUGGAAAAGCCUCUUGUGUAGGAUUCUAUUCCAAGAUGUUAAAUGGACUUGUUUUCAUCCAUUUUUUAAGAUGAAUUGUUCCUGCUAUUGAAUUCUUAAGAAUAAGUGCAAUGUCAUGAAUGACUCUUAUUACCCAUUCCACCAAGAAAGUCUGCUAGUGUCGGUCUUUUUUCAUAAUUUUCUUUUAUAUGCUCUGACCACAAAUGUAGUUUUUGUGGUGCUUUUCUUAUUUUCCUUUUUUUCUUUCUUUCAUUGUUCUUUUUUAAAAUUUAUUUAUUUUUAUUUUUGGCCUAUUUUGGAAUGUAUGAGGAAACUUAACCUGCUUUUGUGUUUUCUUCAAUGCUCCAGCCUGUGGUUCCUCGAUGUACAUAUUUAUUUAUUAUUAUUCUCCUAAUUUCUUGGAAAACUAUACCCACUUUGGCAGCUCCAGACGUCCUCAGACGUGCACGCAUGUCUACUUUGUGAGUGCCCCCAGUGCAGUUACUACUGAUGAAUAUUUUCCUAUCAUCUGCAACCCCUCAAAUGCACGUAUGAUGUCAUCACUAAAGCAGCUAGUUUAUGAUAAACGGUGCUGAAAUGAACACACUGCUUUGUUUUCUGACUUCUGAUGAUUGUGUUGAAUUGGAUUCCAGUUCGUUCAUGUUCAUGUUUGCAUUGAAUCUGUUAAACGUUUGCUGAUCAUAUCUUGUUUCAUCUGCCAUUUUCCUUUUCCAUUUAGUCAAAGUACAAAAUUGUAAAAUAUAUAUAUAUAUAUAAUCCCAUACACAUAUACAUUUUUGUUAAAACAAAGUUACACUAAAAAUAAAUAAAAAUGUUAUUUUUCAGAAGGGGGACUGAAUGAAAGUGUGUUCAAGUGAAGUGAAUAGUGAGUGAUGAAGGAAUGAAGUGACCACUGCAAUAAUGUUGGUUUGAUUUAUUUCUUAUGCACACACACUUCCCAAGAAGAAAUCAGAUCUCCUGGUUUUAGUCUCGAUGCCUGUGCUCACCAAAGUACCGUAACCCAGAAAUGAGUCUAUCCAAUGAGGGCAAAACAGGACGCUACGAGUCUCAGUACAGGGCCUAGAUGAGCAGGACGCUACGAGUCUCAGUACAGGGCCUAGACAAGAGCAGGACGGUACGAGUCUCAGUACAGGGCCUAGAUAAGCAGGACGGCACGAAUCUCAGUACAGGGCCUAGACAUGAGCAGGACGGCACGAGUCUCAGUACAGGGCCUAGACAAGAGCAGGACGCUACGAGUCUCAGUACAGGGCCUAGACAAGAGCAGGACGCUACGAGUCUCAGUACAGGGCCUAGACAAGAGCAGGGCGCUACGAGUCUCAGUACAGGGCCUAGACAAGAGCAGGACGCUACGAGUCUCAGUACAGGGCCUAGACAAGAGCAGGACGCUACGAGUCUCAGUACAGGGCCUAGACAAGAGCAGGACGCUACGAGUCUCAGUACAGGGCCUAGACAAGAGCAGGACGCUACGAGUCUCAGUACAGGGCCUAGACGAGCAGGACGCUACGAGUCUCAGUACAGGGCCUAGACGAGCAGGACGCUACGAGUCUCAGUACAGGGCCUAGACGAGCAGGACGCUACGAGUCUCAGUACAGGGCCUAGACAAGAGUAGGAUGGUAUGAGUCAGUUUGAGGGCUACACUACUCCUACUUCCCUCUGCAUACACAGGGCUUGAAAUAGGCAUGCUUCCUCAGAGAAUGUCUGGGCUAACACAUUGGAAUUGCUGCACACAUUGAAUACUCUAUAACACUUUUGAAUCAGAGUGCAUAGUGGGCUUUGUAUUAGGACUGGAAAUGUUUUGCUCCCUUGAAGACAUUAAAUG